AUCCGUUUGAUCAGUAAGGGUGUUUCUGGUAUUUCACUUUUUACCUUUAAUUACAAAAACAAAAAGCGCGCGCCUAAGAGAACUUGCACAAAAUCUUUUCUCUUUCACGGUUAAAAAAGAGCUUAGGGUUUGAAAUUUGAAAAACAGAAAUGGCGAAUUCACCGUCUGUGUUCGAUGCUCAAAUUGUUAAUCAUCCAUCAUCAGAAGCUGAAUCUCAGCUUUCUUCUCUCGUUUACGAUAUGUCACAGCAGGUCCAGACGGUAAUGACAAACAUGCUUAAGAUGAUGAGUGAAAUUGAUCAGAAUUCUGCUGGAAUUAUGGAAGAGAUAGAGAAGAGCAAAACCUCUGCUCAUGAGAAGAAGAAAGCUUUGGAGGAAGAGAAGGAACAUUUUCAGAAAGCUGCUUACACUGUUUUAGAUAUGCUCGCCAACAGAGAUUGAAAGCUGUAUAGUGAUUUUGCUGAAAUUGUUUACUGAUUUACUAUCACACGAUGCUGUUGAUGGUGUAUAAGGACAAAAGCUACUGUUUCGAAGAGGUCCUACAGGAAGUGUGGCUUUCUGGAGCAUAUUCUAUCAUGGGUUACUUUGCCAUCCCAUUAAUAGAGUAGAGUUGACUUUGAAACACAUGUCACAUAACCGUAAAUGAUGCUUCUAGGAUUUGAAAAUUCUCAAAUUGCACAACUUAUACUUAAAUUUCAAAGUAUUGACUUGCUGGCCACUAUCACUUUGAUGCUACAGAUCAGUUAAAUUGCAGAGUCUUUAUCUAGAUGAUGACCAUAAUUACAUGUUAUGCCAAUUCAAAGCCAAAUUAUGGUUUUAUAUUCUUUCUAUCAGCUUUAUACAUGCAUGGUGAGUUUAACCCUUAACUAUAGUCUAUUAAAUUCUCUCCUAGCCAAGCUAACAUAAAUUUUUGUUUCCGGAAUAUGAUAUAAAGAUGGUAUAAAAAUGAGAUCUAGCAGAGGAAGCAUACCUGCUCGGUUCCAUUCUUGUAUAUCAACACUUCCUGCAGUUUAGAUACAGUUCAGAUUUUGCAUAUUGCAUUACGUAAAAUAAAUACGCAAGAAGAGAGAUAUGUUAUACCACUGCGCCUGAUACUAUGAUGUAGAAGUCUGUAGGUAUCUCAUUUUGUAAAAUAAUAUCAACCUUAGGAGGAAAAUACUCUGCUUUCAUCUCUGACACCUAUAAGAACAGCCACUAGAGAUUGUUAUAGCAAUAGUUUCAAGACUUUCUUCAUAAACUGUUUUUACCGUUGAUGAUUUUUACUGUUAUUAUCAUUGCUGAAACAAGUCAACAAAUGUGAAGACGACAAAAUCUUUAUUGAGAAGGAAGGAAGGAAAUUGUUUUACCAUUUGUGAAAUAAGGUCCUCAGAGACUCCUUGGAAAAGGUAUGAUUUUUCAACAGUUUUACGAAAAAGAUGCUGGGAAAUGC